AUGGCGCAGAAUACAAAUACCCAUCACAUCGUUGUCGCUCUGGAAGCUUCAAUUGUUCCAGUUCCGCCGCUGGACCUCCCUGCGCCACAUACAUACGAGCUCAGGGAGUACGGAAGGACCCGCCCUGAGGAGAUAGCCGAGAGGGUAAAAGAUGCCGACGUAAUUAUCCUAACUAUUGCUCAGAUCAAGGCCGACAUGCUGCGGCCCGAGAUGACCCCUCGCCUGAAAAUGGUAGCCGUAGUAGCAUCUGGGACCGACUGCGUGGAUCUAGCAGCAUGCAGGGCCCGAGGGAUCGUCGUGGGCAACACGCCGCAUUGCAACACUGUUUCUGUCGUCGACCAUGCCGUUGCGCUGUACUUUGCCACGCGGAGAUCAGUAGCGCUUUUACACACGAUGGUCCAGUCAGGCGAAUGGAGAAAGGAGAUGUUGCAUAAUACCCUCAACGGUCCAGAUGGCAGGGCGCCAAGGACCUGCCGGGACGAAACCCUUGGGAUCAUCGGUUAUGGUGCCGUAGGAAAGUUGAUCGAGUCUACUGCUAAAGGCUUAGGUAUGAAGGUCCUAAUAUCCGGACGCAAAGGUGAUUCGACGGCGGCGGAAGGCCGUACUCCAUUUGAUACGCUGAUCCGCGAGAGCUCGGUUAUUGUGUUAUGUCUGCCGCGGUCUCCGGAGACGAUGAAUCUGAUCUCUAACGCCGAACUGGAUGCUAUGAAGCCCUAUGCGGUUAUAGUUAACGUUUCUCGAGGGGGUAUCGUGGAUGAGAAGGCACUCGUGGCAGCCCUGAAGUCGAGAAAAAUCGCGGGUUAUAGUACAGAUGUCUAUGAGCAGGAACCUGCGAAUCCUGAUAGCAGCCCUUUGGUGGGACCUGAUGUAGCUGGUCUUAAUAUCGUUACUACGCCGCAUGUUGCUUGGUGUGCGGGUGACACUAUCGCAAAUUACAAUAGAGCGACGAAAGAAAAUAUUGCUGGAUGGUUGACUACUGGGCGGCCAAAAUAUUCGGUGGUAUAA